AUGGCAAUCUGCGCCUCUUGUCGACUCGCCUUACGGCGCACUAUAAACUCGAGUAAAAGCACCACAACUCGAUCAAUUACAACCAAAUCGUGCACCGCCGCCUCAAUUCUCGAGAAGCCUACGUGGUCCGUCCGCAGUCUUCUCCCCUCUUCGUCGUCUUCAGAACAAGCAGAAAAUAUUACACCCUCGCAACUACACCAUCUCCUCCGCCUCUCAGCCCUACCACUCCCCACCACGCCCGCUGAUGAGGCCACCAUGAUCAACACUCUCCAAAGCCAGCUGCAAUUCGUCCGUGCAGUGCAGCGUGUUGACACAACUGGCGUCGAGCCUCUGAGAGCAAUCCGCGACGAGACUCCAGAGGCUCGACAAGAGGUGACGAUUGGGCUUGCAGAUCUACAAGAGGCACUGGACAGAGAGGUCCGCAUAGGUCAUUACCAGCGGGCAAGGAGAGUGAGGGAAAAGAUUGAGUCCAAUGCGGAGAAGUGGGAUGCUUUGAGUACAGCAAGCAAGACAGCAGGGAGAUACUUUGUGGUCGAAAGUGGGAAAAAGGAUAUCGAAGGCGCAGAGUAA